AUGACGGAAACCAACGACGCCGACAACGACCACAUAGGCUGGCGCGCUGCCGCCGUUGCCGGAACCCAGCCUGACGGAAUGUCCAAAAAUGCGUUUAAGAAACUCCUCAAGGCGAAGGCGAAGGAGGAAAACAACGCCACAAGAAAGAAACCUACAAAUCACUAUUGUGGCGUGUGCUCGCGUCGCUUUAUCACGUGGCAGGGGCUUGGCCAACACAUGAUGGCCAGGCCCACAUGGUGUGACGGAGCGUUGAGUCGCGCAGAGUUCGUCCCCAUUGAACCUGUUCCCACGGCACCCUACCAAGACGAAGCUGGUGGAUAUGGGAUCGCGUCCAACACUUCAAAAGCCAAUGAGCCCCGAGAAGCCGGUACCAGCUCGAGAACCCGAGUGUCCGUGAGGAAGCCAACCGCGCGUACCAAUACGAGCACCAAAGUAUCCGUGGCGUCCUCGGUAUCCACGGGUCGGCUUCGCACAAUCACUGAAGAAAAGAAGACAUUCCCUUGCAACCUUUGCGACAGGAAGUUUUCUUCAUGGCAAGAACGUGACAGCCACACGAUGGUCCACCCAGAGCAUCUGAGGCAGGUUUAUGCGAAGGAGGGCUUGGCUUUGGACAAUGGAGCCGCCUUGGAACUUUGGUGUCAGAUGGCGGCUUGCAGCUCAAAAGGUGACGAUGACGUGGACUACACGGCGGUAGAGGACGCUGCUCGCAUGCUUCAAGACAAACACGAUGAUGCCGUCGUGGCUGUGGCUCUCCACAACUAUGAAACGUUCUUUGGCAUGGAGGACGGAACUGCAACUUAUGCACAAGUCAAUGGCACAUCCGCAGGCAUCGACGGCUGGGCCUCGAGUGCUAUAAACAAUGUUUCCAUCGACAACCAACAAAACGACAAUGACGAAGGAAAAAGCAAACCGGCAGAUCAUGUAACCGCCAAAGAAGACCAUCGAGGCGACACCGAGGAAUCCCGGAUGCUGAAGCGUGCGAUGAUGGAGUCCCUGCUGGAGGCACAAGGCGUCCGUGUCCCCGAGAGAUUGGUGGACAACUGCAGGGACAGCGAAGAUGAGGAAGGAUUCUACUAUUACGAAGGAUCCUUCUAUGACAGUGAAUCAGACAAUGGAUCGGAUGAUUGUUCCGAUGAUUUGGAUGAUGACAGCGACGGGGCACGCUCAGUCGACGCCGAAAGCUUCACCAUACAACACGACAGUAGCAGUGGCAGCAGCGAUGAAAGCUGGUCGCGUGUCUCGGAUGGCUGGUCGCGUGAGGAGGGCGCUUCCGUGAAUGGUUCGCGCUGCAGCGGUUGGAGCAUCGUCGAGGGAGAUCCCUUGGAGGAGGAUUAG